AUGACGACCACAUUGCACGUAGAUACUUGGGACCUGGGCGUUGCCCACGACGAUGAUCUCCCCGCCUAUGACGAAAUGUCUACUCCGCCUCCUUACGAUGGCGGCGCAUUCGACGGGCCGUUCAUCACGUAUCGUCUUCGACAGUACGACAGUAAGAUACAAAUGCUGGCUGCGUACGAUGCGCCCGCCGCUUCCUCGUACCGAUUCACGACAAACAGCUUCCGCGUAUUCUCGAAGAAGCCCGAGCUGGAGGUGCUACACACAUCACACGACUUCCGACAGCGCAACAUAGCUGCCAUAUCCUUCAAUAAUAACGGGGGGUUCCCUUGGCGUCCCCGUGCGUACUUUGACUAUACUUCUGCGAACGGCCGGAGCACAAGACACGACAUGGAGUCGCCGAACUUUGAGGAUUGGACUGUUGCGGUCGGAGACGAAACAUAUGUCUGGAUGCUAGAAAUGCGACCCAUUGCCUUGGUACUGUGCGAGAGAAGUUCGGGCACCGUCAUUGCCCGCUUUACCUUUUCCGAGAAAGGGGUGCUGGCAUCAAGGGGAGCCUCGGUUGGAGAGUUGACCAUAUAUCGCCGCGGUCUGGCACUGCAGGAGGAUGAGAAUGAUAAACUAUGGCGCAUCGUUGUAUCAGGAGUCCGCGGGUGUUUGACAGUAAUCUGGAUCAGGCUUGCUCAGCAUGACAAGGCCAUCCCCGCCCGCCAAGCGCACCCGAACUAUGUCGGGUCGUCGUGUGGGAACGGCGUCAAUCUACCUUGA